GCUGGUCGAAGGUCGAAUCUUGUUACUGUUUACCGCUGCAAUAUGGCCAGCUAUAGGAGAAGGAAAGAUGAAGAUCGAGCGUUUUGGAGAGAGUUUAUCGGGCUGUAUCGCCGACUUCCUGAUUUAUGGAACGGGAACAGCAAUGGAUAUCUCGAUAGAAAUAAGAGGGAAGCUUCAUACAAAAUACUGGUGGAUAAAAUGAAGCAAUUCGAUCCCCGUGCGGAUAAGGCAAGUGUAUGCACCAAAAUCAACUCUCUGCGCUCGACCUACCGCAGGGAGUUGAAUAAAGUGAAAGCGAUGAGAGGUACAGGCGAAGAAUAUGUGCCAAGUUUGUAUUACUUCGACGACAUGAGUUUCCUGAGGGAUCAGGAAAAUUCUGGAAUUUGCUCCCCGGCAAUGCGAAAGAAAGGAGAAUUCGUCGAAAAUGGCGAAGAAAGCAAAUUUAUGGAAGAAAAUACCGAAUCCGAGGUUGACGAAGGCAGUUCCCAUGAAUCCCGACUCCUGCCCGAAUCCAGCUGGCAGCCUACGUGCAGCAAACAACCGACGUUAAAUGAGUCCUCGAGAGAAAGCGAAGAAUCUAAAAGGGCAAAACUAUUGUCUUUGGCUUAUAAACGUCUUACAAACCCUCCUUCGGAAAACGAGCUCCUAGUGAAAUCGUGGCUUGCAGAUUACGAAAAGCUGAGUCCAGAUCAGCAGCUGUAUGCUAAAAAGUUCAUUAAUGACGUUCUUUUCGAAGGGCAGCUAGGCAACCUGCACAGAUACGCAAUAACCGUAAAUAAUGCACCUCAACCAUCGGCCAGCUUCCAGCAUGCUCAAAGGGCACAUCCACAGGGUCACGGUUCCUGUGCAUUUUUUUCCUUGGGCGCAUCCUCUUCAUCUAAUGCAAAUCCUCCGGAUCCAUCGCCAUCACCACAUUCUAACGAUUCCACUCAUUGUGACUCAUCGCGUGCCUCGAGACAGGUGGAAGAGAUGAAUAAUUCGGCGCUUGUUGGAUCUCUUCAAGACGUUCUUAAGGAAGAACAGUUUGACUGAACAUGAUCAGCGAUGCGUUAUCCCUUGUACCUAUAGUUGAAUU